CCUUAAAACCUAACCCUAGUUUCUUUUUUCGCAGACUUGUCCAAACCGCAACCUCGGAACUUUCAAGAAGCCACACAUCACGAAUACGCGCAAGGAAUCAAAUAUGUCUGCCUUGAAGUAUGUCUUCCUGGCCUCGGCCGCUCUCCACACCGCUAGUGCCCAUGGCACAGUAAACGGUCUCAUGGCAGAUGGUGUCUUCUACGAAGGCUACAGCCCUCAGAUGCAGUACAAGAAACCCCCGCCACAAGUUGUAGGAUGGUCCAUCCCAAAGGACCUGUCAAAUGGUUUCGUCGCCGUGGACAAGUACGCAGACGCAGACAUCAUCUGCCACGUCGGCGCGGAACCGGCACCGAUCGCCGCAAAAGUCACAGCCGGCUCCAACGUCACCGUCUUCUGGACCGACUGGCCCGAGUCGCACCACGGGCCGAUGAUGGACUACCUGGCCCCCUGCAACGGCGACUGUGCUAAGGUCAACAAGGCCGACCUACAAUUCUUCAAGAUCGACGCCGUCGGCGUCGUAGACGGCGCCAAGGCGCCCGGCAAGUGGGGUUCGGACGACAUGCUCUCCAACAACAAGUCGUGGACGAUGACGAUCCCGGCAAACAUCGCUCCCGGCCAGUACGUGCUCCGCCACGAGACGAUUGCGCUGCACGAGGCCGGUCGCGAGGGCGGCGCGCAGAACUACCCGCAGUGCCUCAACAUCGACGUCCAGGGCGGCGGGUCCGAGAAGCCCCCCGGCGUCAAGGCGACGGAGCUCUACAAGGCUGGCGACGAGGGCAUCAAGUUCAACAUCUACAAGGAUAACCUCGACUACCCCAUCCCCGGACCACCCAUGAUGGGCGCCGCGCAGAAGCCUACCCGUCGGCGGAAGAGGGUGACGGUCAUCUAUUGAGGGAAAUUGAAUAGGGUGGCUCACUGGCUUGUGUACAAAUCGUGUGACUGUGAUGUAUUUGUACGGACGAACAUUUCACGACGCAUGAUGGGAUGGGACAGGGCGGAAAUCUGCUUUUGUUUGCGUGGGCUCAACCAACUUCUUGACACGCUGGUCGUGCAAACUCUUUCCUUUGGGUCUCAUGUUUCCUUGACGAAUUCUCGAUAUCCUUGGCAUACCACCUGUGUAUAGACAGUGGUCCUGUGAGAUGGGGUUCACGAGCAAGCGAGCAUCCAUGGGCGUAUGUAAAUCUCGCCAUGUAUCAUUACUGUAACAUUUGGUUCUUGUGAAUGAUAAAGUGUAAAUGAUCACACGAGGGAGCGUGAG